AUGAGACUGGUACUUCCUAACCCAGGACUGGAUCUCAGAAUCCCCAGGCAUGAAGAUCUGGAGAGGAUGGAAAAACAGGAGGCUGCAGACAGACCCAAGUGGGACAACAAAGCUCAGUAUAUACUCACCUGUGUGGGGUUCUGUAUCGGUCUGGGUAAUGUUUGGAGAUUCCCUUACUUAUGUCAGAGUCAUGGAGGAGGUGCAUUUUUGAUUCCUUACCUAAUUCUGCUGGUGCUAGAAGGAAUGCCUCUCUUACUGCUAGAGUUUGCUAUUGGGCAGCGCCUUAGAAAAGGCAGUGUGGGAGUGUGGCGGGCCAUCAGCCCAUAUCUGACAGGUGUUGGUAUUGGCUCCAUGUUAGUGUCCUUUAUGGUUGCCCUGUACUACAACACCUUAAUUGCCUGGAUCAUGUGGUAUUUCUUCAAUUCCUUUCAAGACCCAUUGCCUUGGACUAAUUGUCCUCUCAAUGAAAACAGGACAGGAUUUAUACCAGAAUGCCAGCAGAGCUCCACGGUGGACUACUACUUUUACAGAGUCACUCUGAAUGCUUCUAACUCAAUAGCAGACUCUGGAGGACUCCAGUGGCCCAUUAUAACAUGUCUGUUAGCUGCCUGGACAGUUGUUUGUAUCUGCUGCAUACGAGGGAUCAGUACUUCAGGCAAGGCAGUCUACAUCACAGCCAUCUUGCCGUACAUAGUGCUGGCCAUCUUCCUGAUCCGAGGACUGACUCUUAAAGGUGCCCUGAAUGGAAUAAAGUUCCUCUUCACACCAGAUGUGGAAGAGCUGAUGAAUCCAACUACUUGGUUGGAUGCAGGUGCACAGGUCUUUUAUGCUUUUGGCUUAGCAUGGGGAGGGCUGAUUUCCUUCUCAAGCUACAACCCUGUUCACAACAACUGUGUGCAAGACUCUGUGAUCCUGUCUGUGGUAACUGGCCUCACCUCAGUCUAUGCAGCCACGGUGACCUACUCCAUCAUUGGCUUCAGGGCCACUGAGAAAUAUGACACCUGUAUCAACGAAAACAUCAAGACGUUACUAAAUGGAUUUGAACUCCCUGAAGACAGCAUCACUGCCAGCAACUACAAUGCAGCCCUUCAUCAUCUGAACAGCUCCUAUCCGGAUACUGUUUUUGGACUGGACAUUAAAACUUGUGACAUGCAGAAACUCCUCAGUGAGGGAGUGGAGGGAACAGGUCUGGCCUUUAUUGUCUUCACAGAGGCCAUUACCAAGAUGCCGGGUUCCCCAGUCUGGUCUGUCCUGUUUUUUAUCAUGCUUCUCUGCCUCGGACUCUCAACACUUUUCGGAAACAUUGAAGGAGUCGUAGUCCCUUUGAAAGACUUGAAUUUAUUUCCCCAAAAAUGGCCCCAUGAAAUAUUGACUGGAGCAACAUGUUUUGUAUCCUUCAUCAUCUGCCUCCUGUUUGCACAGCCAUCAGGAAUUUAUUGGGUAACUCUCUUUGAUAACUUUGCUGGAUCUGUUCCACUGCUGACCAUUGGAUUGUUCGAAAUGAUAGCUGUUGUUUACAUCUAUGGCAUUGACAGGUUCAACGAGGACAUAAAGUUCAUGGUUGGGCGAAAGCCCUCUAUUUUCUGGCAGAUUACGUGGCGAUUUAUCAGUCCUCUGAUUGUCCUGGUUAUUUUGGUUUUCUACCUGGUGACUCAAGCCCAAAAGCAGCUCAACUAUCUAGUUUGGGACAUAAAUUCUGAGACAUUUCCAGCUUUGACAUCAAUACCCUACCCCUCAUGGAUCUAUGCUGUUAUCUUCCUCUUAGCAGGAGUCCCCAGCCUGGUAGUGCCUAUGUACGCGUUAUGUCGGCUUAUCUUUGUUUGCUACAAGAAGAAAAUGUCAUCCAGACUAAAAAUGAAUACAUCAGAGAACAAAGCAAAAUUCAGGAUUAUUUAA